ACAGUGGGCGUGGGGGCGCGGAGCUAUGGACGUCGCGGGCGGUGGACAGAGAGGAACACCCACAGUUACUGGUACAGGUGGUGGUGGCUGACGCAGGUAAGGUCGCCGCCACAAACACCGUCACCGUGAUCAUCGAUGACGUCAACGACAACCCCAUGAAACCAGCCUCUAAGACCGUCUACCUGUGGAAGACUCAGGGCGGGGGGUCGGACGCGCCCUUGGGGAGAGUGUACGUGAAGGACCCUGACGACUGGGACCUCGGGGAUAAGACCUUCAGGUGGGUGGGGUCCCCUCACCCCCUAUUCUCCCUCAACACCCAAGACGGGACCAUCUUCGCCUCCAGCCAAGUCAGGGAAGGAAGGUAUGAGUUACACUUCAGCGUAAGUGACCGAGUGUGGCGUCAGCGAGGAGUGUCAGCCAACGUGACGGUAGCGGAGAUGCUGACACAAGACGCCCUCUCCCACGCCGCCCCCAUCACCCUCACGCCCACCACGCCCACAGACCUAACCAGAGGCUGGACACCCAUGAUCAAUUAUAAAAACUAUGUGUUAGUAUAA